AUGGCCGGCAAGAAGGGCAAGUCGGACUCCAAGUCGCAAUCCAAAGGAAAGGCAGAUGCCGCGCCGGCGGCAACCAAGAAGAAGGGAGCGCAAGCCAUCUCGGCACGCCACAUUCUCUGCGAGAAGUUCUCCCAGCGCGAGGAGGCCCUUGCCGAGCUGAGGGACGGGAAAGACUGGAAGGAAGUCUGUGUAAAAUACUCGACAGAAAAGGCUCGAUCAGGUGGUGACCUGGGCGGGUUCAAGCAAAAGGGUUCUCUGCAGCCAGAGUUUGAAGAGGUCGCGUUUGCCAUGGACACGGUCGACGAGCACAAGGCUGCGGUCAAGGGCGAAAAGGAGCCCAUGAAGUCGUACAAUUACGGUCUUUGCAAAACUGUCUUUGGCUACCAUAUUAUCCUCUUGGAAGGCAAGAAAUAA